AUGUCUUACAACAGUCCAUUUUUUGACUUUUUUGACAACAUCAACGAUGAAGUUGACUACUUUAACAGAUUUUUGAAUGAUGUCGGCUAUGCACCAAAAAGAGAAAGAUUGGCUGUCACUGGUAACCCCCAGGACAACAACCAAGUUGCUACCAGAGGCGCCAACAGUUCUGCGGUUUCUCACCCACAGAGAAGAUAUUUUGGUGAUUUAGACAACUGGUUCGACAAUGACUUCUCGUUGUUCCCAACCUCCUUCCAGACUCCAAAACCAUUUGGGGUCCCAGUUGAUAUUUUGGACCAUGAUGCAAACUACGAAUUGAAGGUUACCGUCCCCGGUGUGAAAGCCAAGAAGGAUAUCAACUUGGAAUACCACCAGAACAAGAACCAGUUAAUCGUGACUGGUGAAGUGCCAGCGCAAGUUACCGAAAAGAACAAGAACAAUGUGAAGGUUCACGAAAGUGCUUCCGGUAAGUUCAAGAGGGUUAUUACUUUGCCUGAACACCCUGGCAUUGAUGCAGACAAGAUUAAGGCGGACUAUUCCAGUGGUGUUUUGACUUUGACAGUUCCAAAAUUGAAGCCAACCGCAUUUGAUAAGGACAACGUUCAAAAGAUAGAAAUCUCUUCCCAGGAAUCUUGGGGUGAAUAA